UGCAGGCAGUGGGUGUUGCAAGAGGAGGCGAGAAGGAGAGCUUCACAGAGAAAGAGAGUGAGAGAGGGACAAACAGUGUGAGUCAGAGUCAGUGUGACAGAGAAGGCAGACAUUGAAUACUAGACCAGGAAACGCACAGAGAUAGAGCGGGCCCCAGCCUGCGCAUAACUACCUGCUUGUGUGUGUGUGUUUGACAGAGAGAGCUUGGUGUGUUUCCACGGUUCUUCUGAGGCCAUGGCAGCCAUGGAGUCAGAGGAAAACACCCAGUCCAGAGUGAUGUUCCAGCCCACGGGCAAAGUCGACGAGCCAGGGCACCGCAAGCUUGGCAAGCUGACCGUCAAGUACAACCGCAAGGACCUGCAGAGGAGGCUGGACAUUGAGGAGUGGAUAGAUGAACAGCUGCACCUGCUCUUUGACUGUGAGGAAGAAGACAUCCCAGAGUUGGAGAUUGACAUAGAUGAGUUGCUGGAGCUAUCAGAUGAGGGGCAAAGAAUUCGACUACAGGAGUUGCUGCGGGAAUGCAGGAAGCCAAUAGAGGAUUUUGUCAACGCGCUGCUCUACAGGAUAAAGGGACUUCGCAAAAUGUCAGGCCCCUCGAAGAAGUAGUUCUAGGUCAAAUAAAGAAUUGAGACAAUGGAUUCUCAUUGGUUCCAAGCCCCCAUGUGUUUACUGUUUGGAUGUCUGUAUGUGCAGUUCACACCCUCAAGGGGGUUCUUCUUGCCCUCUUGCCCGGUCAGCAUCAGUUGGACACCAAAGCAGUCAAGCGACUUUUGACUUUUUGGACUGU